GCGGGGGCUCCGGUGGUGCAGCUGAGCGGCCUGCUCCUCCUCGGGCCGUGACCCCGGGGUCUGGCGCGGGGUGGGACCCGGGGGCGGGUUUGCGCAAAAUGUGCCGAGACUGCCCGGGAGAGGAGCUGCGGCCGCGCUGAGCCAGAGCCAUGAGACCCCAGAUCCUGCUGCUCCUGGCCCUGCUGACCCUAGGCCUGGCUGCACAACGCCAAGACAAAGUGCCCUGUAAGAUGGUAAGAUGCUCUGCCCAGACAGGGUGGACAAGAAGGUCUCAUGCCAGGGUCUGGGCCUGCUCCAGGUCCCCUCGGUGCUCCCGCCAGACACUGAGACCCUUGAUCUAUCUGGGAACCAGCUGCGGAGUAUCCUGGCCUCACCCCUGGGCUUCUACACGGCACUUCGUCACCUGGACCUGAGCACCAAUGAGAUCAGCUUCCUCCAGCCAGGAGCCUUCCAGGCCCUGACCCACCUGGAGCACCUCAGCCUGGCUCACAACCGGCUGGCGAUGGCCACUGCGCUGAGUGCCGGUGGCCUGGGCCCCCUGCCACGUGUGACCUCCCUCGACCUGUCUGGGAACAGCUUGUACAGCAGCCUGCUGGAGCGGCUGCUGGGGGAGGCACCCAGCCUGCAUACCCUCUCACUGGCGGAGAACAGUCUGACUCGCCUCACCCGCCACACCUUCCGGGACAUGCCUGCGCUGGAGCAGCUUGACCUGCAUAGCAACGUGCUGAUGGACAUCGAGGAUGGCGCCUUCGAGGGCCUGCCCCGCCUGACCCAUCUCAACCUCUCCAGGAAUUCCCUCACCUGCAUCUCCGACUUCAGCCUCCAGCAGCUGCGGGUGCUAGACCUGAGCUGCAACAGCAUCGAGGCCUUUCAGACAGCUUCCCAGCCCCAGGCUGAGUUCCAGCUCACCUGGCUUGACCUGCGGGAGAACAAACUGCUCCAUUUCCCCGACCUGGCCGCGCUCCCGAGACUCAUCUACCUGAACUUGUCCAACAACCUCAUCCGGCUCCCCACAGGGCCACCCCAGGACAGCAAGGGCAUCCAUGCGCCUUCCGAGGGCUGGUCAGCCCUGCCCCUCUCAACCCCCAGCGGGAAUGCCAGCUCCCGCCCCCUUUCCCAGCUCUUGAAUCUGGAUUUGAGCUACAAUGAGAUUGAGCUCAUCCCUGACAGCUUUCUUGAGCACCUGACCGCCCUGUGCUUCCUGAACCUCAGCAGAAACUGCUUGCGGACCUUUGAGGCCCGGCGCUCAGGCUCCCUGCCCUGCCUGACGCUCCUCGACUUAAGCCACAAUGCCCUGGACACACUGGAACUGGGUGCCAGAGCCCUGGGGUCUCUGCGGACGCUGCUCCUACAGGGCAAUGCCCUGCGGGACCUGCCCCCAUACACCUUUGCCAACCUGGCCAGCCUGCAGCGACUCAACCUGCAGGGAAACCGAGUCAGCCCCUGUGGGGGGCCAGAUGAUCCUGGCCCCUCCGGCUGUGUGGCCUUCUCCGGCAUCACCUCCCUCCGCAGCCUGAGCCUGGUGGAUAAUGAGAUAGAGCUGCUCAGGGCAGGGGCCUUCCUCCACACCCCACUGACUGAGCUGGACCUUUCUUCCAAUCCUGGGCUGGAGGUGGCCACGGAGGCCUUGGGAGGCCUGGAGGCCUCCUUGGAGGUUCUGGCACUGCAGGGCAAUGGGCUGACGGUCCUGCAGGUGGACCUGCCCUGCUUCAUCUGCCUCAAGCGGCUCAAUCUUGCCGAGAACCGCCUGAGCCACCUUCCCUCCUGGACACAGGCUGUGUCACUGGAGGUGCUGGACCUGCGAAACAACAGCUUCAGCCUCCUGCCAGGCAGUGCCAUGGGUGGCCUGGAGACCAGCCUCCGGCGCCUCUACCUGCAGGGGAAUCCACUCAGCUGCUGCGGCAAUGGCUGGCUGGCAGCCCAACUGCACCAGGGCCGUGUGGACGUGGACGCCACCCAGGACCUGAUCUGCCGCUUCAGCUCCCAGGAGGAGGUGUCCCUGAGCCACGUGCGCCCUGAGGACUGUGAGAAGGGGGGGCUCAAGAACAUCAACCUCAUCAUCAUCCUCACCUUCAUACUGGUCUCUGCCAUCCUCCUCACCACGCUGGCCACCUGCUGCUGCGUCCGCCAGCAGAAGUUUAACCAACAGUAUAAAGCCUAAAGAAGCCGGGAGACACUCUAGGUCAGUGGGGGAGCCUGAGGUAAAGAGAAGAGUGAGGACUGACUCAAGAUCACACAGUGACCCGGGUCUGUGGAUCCCAGAACUCUGGUCUCCAAAUUGCAGCCCAGGACACCUUUCUCUGCCGCCUGCUGCAUCAGUGGGUGACCCCCUUCCCGGGCUGCACUUUGGGUCCAGCUGUGGAAGCCAGAAGUUGGGCGGUUUCAGGGACAGCAGAGAAUAAUGUUGACCUAUCAGAUCAACAAAUCUUCACUGAGCAUCUAUUUUGUGCCACACCCUGCUCUGGGCACUGGGAAUGCUGGGAAAUGAGAUACAUUCCCGCCCUCAAGAAUCUCCCAGUCUGGUAGGAGUGAGUGCUGCAGAGCCACGUGGUGACCACGCAGUGUGCCUAGGGCCUGAGGUGUGAAAGCCCAGGGCUCCGGAGCACCGCAGGCCUCGCUGGUUCGGUGCAGUGAGUCCUGCCCCGGCCGUGCCAGGGUGAGGGAGGGCCAAGCCCAGGAGGAUUUGUCUGAGACAUUUCCAAGCAGACUGUCACAUCUUCUGAUAAUGACUUUCAGUCUCUCUGAAAAUGAAAAGCUUAUGACCGGAAGAGAGAAUUGGAGCUGUACGAGUGUGUCUUGGAUCUGGUGCCGUUAGGUGGGCCAUGGCGGCUUCAGCAGAGUCUGGUUAAGGGGUCCAGCCCAGCACUGGACCAUUCCAUCUCCUGCUCUGGACAGGCCCUCUCCCUUCCUGGCACUCUCAUGUUGCACACCCUGACCCCAGUACUGCUCUAAGCGCCGUCCCUGCCCAGCCCCACUUCUCCAUUGCAGCCCCGCCUUGGCUGCUGAGCCAGGAGCUAAAACCUUAGAUAUCUGGUUCUGUUUUGCACCCAGCUUGGCAGAUGUGGAUGUGAAUCCAAGCCUUGUGUCUGCCCCUAUAUGACAACCCUAUAUUUUAUCCCCAUUUUAUAAAAGAGGAAACUGAAGUUCUGCAAAUCUCCUUCCGAGGCCCCAGCUAACUAAUGCCAUAGGUGAGAUUCAAACCCUCAUCCUUCUGUCUCCAGGGCCUGAUCUUUACCACUGCAGGGGCUGCAGGCCGUUAAGUGGACAGGAAGUGGCCCCACAUAGCCUGAGCAGGGUCUGGAAGCAUCCUGUGCUGUGCACACCUGCUCUCUCCUCUCUCCCAGGCAGGCAGCUGCAGGCACUCUCCUCCUUCUCUGCCUUAGUUUCCCUCCUCCCCUCCUUUCCACCCUGGUGUGGGUUCUCCUGUUCUCUCUAUGCUCUUGCAUUCUCUCAUUCCCUUUUCCUCUAUUGAGCAGAGCUUGGAGUUUGAGACUAUUGAAUCUAACCUCCCCAUUGCACAGAUGGGGAAACUGAGGCUUAGGAAGAGAAUGAAACUUGUGGAGAGCUUGUACAGAGCCUCUUGGGGAAAAAAAGAGCCCUUAUUUGUGGGCUGAGAUUGGGGGUUGGACCGGAGUGAUGUCCUCUCUCAGCUAUCACAUCACAAGAUAAUGCUGGCUCCAAACUUCCUUUCUGUGCCUCAUCAUGUAAGGAUUUUUUUUUCCCUCUUACAAAAACAGGUAGAAAGGCUCACCCAGAUGACCCCCUAUCCCUCAUACCAUGGAGUCAUGAGCUGUCUGGGAAGCAUGGACAUGCUGGGACCAACUCAAGACCUUGUUUUGCUGUCUUCAUCAUCUUACCUGUGCUUGGCCCACAGUCUGGCUCACGAUGUGGGCUCAGUAAUGUGCGAGAAAAUGAAAAUGCCACUCUCUCUCUCCACCCCAUUUUACAGAGGAGAACACCGAGGCCCAGAGGAAGUUAAGGGAGAGUCAAUGGGCAGAGCCAGGGCUAGGCCCUGGUGAUGUGUGGAGCACCCGGGCAGACCCAGUCCUGGUUGGGAUCACAACCACAGGUGCUACUGCACAUAACACUCUUCCUUAGGCCUGGAGGCCAAGGUGUGGGUCCCCACGCCCGAUCUUUGACAACACUACACAAUGCUGCUCUCAUUUCCCAGGACCCAGGCCGCAGCCUAGGCCUCGGGACCAACUCUUUGUGUAACCUACCUGAAUGUAUUAAAAACUAAUUUUGGAGAAGCA